UUUUUACCUGGACCACUAUGGCAGACAAUGACUAAAAGCUCUCUUCUCUCUCACAAACAAACACACACAUAUAUGGAAGUGUCGUCAAGUAGUGGUGUUGUCACCGCAGCAAUGGAGUGUAGUACAAUAAGAGGAUGGUGGGUUGGGGCCACAUGUUGUUUUGUAACUGCCUUCUUUGAGACCUUCAUGUGACUUGCACUGUUUGCUUUCUCUGCCUAUAUUUGUAGCCAACAUCGCCUCUUUCCUCCAAUUUACACAGGUUUCAACUGUGGACUGCUCUCUCUCUCUCUCUCUCUCUCUCUCAUCAACCAUGAAGAAGCAAAGCUUUUACUCUAAUAUUGCUCUUCUCCUCUUCCUUUUCCUCCUUAUUUCCUGCUCAGAAAUAUCCGCCCGUUCCAUACCAACCAAAAAAGGACAAGAGGAACUGAAGCUUGAAGAAUCCAUGAAUCUGAUGGGGUUGGAGGAUUGUAAUAAGGGAGACGAAGAAUGCUUACAGAGAAGGAUAAUUUCAGAGGCUCACUUGGACUACAUCUACACCCAGCACCAUAAGCCAUGAUCCUCCUUAAGAAUUAAAGUUCUGUGUCUUUUUAUUUAGAGCCCUUUUCUCAAUAUUUCAGAAUGUAUUCUACUCGUUUUCUUGAUAACCAACUACAACACUUGGAGAGUUACUAGAGUGGGCUUGAGGUUAAUAUUAUACUUUCUUUAUGAUACAAUGUGACUGUCAAAUAUAUGUUCAGAGAUGACUAUUUUCUGUAUGCAUGUGUAGCUGUUUGUAAUUAAUCAAGAGUUUAUGGUCUAAAACAUCUAGCCUAUGAUAUUCU